UAUUUGUGCACUGAGACCCCUAAGAUGAGUCUUGUUAUAUAUACGCAGGCCUCUAUCUAAUCUCCCUUUUUCAAGAAGGGUUAAUAGCACAAGCUCAUCCCUACUGUGUGCCAAUCACCUGAGUGUGAGACAGGGAGAGACAGAGGAGAAGGAAGGAGCAGGGAGCGAGAUCAUCUCCCCGGCACUGAGAUCUCCCAGGCGCUGGGCUGUGAAUUACAGGGAGACAGAGAGAGAGAGAGGGGAGAAGCCAAGAGCAACAGGAUGAAGAGGUACCAGGAGCACCAUCUGAAGCAGCCCGUCACACCGGACCUGUUGAUGAGUCCUAGUGAUCGGGAUGACACAGAACUUGAUAUAGAAUACCCAGAGGACAGAGGAAACUGGUCAGGGAAGCUGGAUUUUCUCCUCUCCUGCAUUGGAUACUGUGUUGGCCUUGGAAAUGUUUGGCGAUUUCCAUAUAGAGCCUACACCAAUGGAGGAGGAGCCUUUCUUAUUCCUUAUUUCAUCAUGCUAGCCAUAUGUGGCAUUCCUCUCUUCUUCAUGGAGUUGUCACUUGGACAGUUCUCAAGCCUCGGCCCAUUGGCUGUUUGGAAGAUAAGCCCUCUUUUUAAAGGUGUUGGGAUGGGCAUGCUGUUAAUUGUGGCCCUGGUGGCCAUUUACUACAACAUGAUAAUAGCCUAUGUGCUAUUCUACCUCUUCGCCUCUUUGACCAGCAGCCUACCAUGGGAACAUUGCGGCAAUUGGUGGAACACUGAUCUUUGCCUGGACCAUCAUGUUAUUCGGGCCAGCAACUCUGCCUUAUUAGUCAACAUAAGCAACACAGUUAGCCCCAGCGAGGAGUACUGGAGUCGCUACGUCCUACACAUACAAGGAAGCUCUGGCAUUGGGGAUCCAGGGCAACUUCGAUGGAAGUUGUGCUUGUGUCUUCUACUCUCAUGGACCAUUGUGUAUCUCUGCAUCCUCAAGGGAGUGAAAUCCUCCGGCAAGGUUGUUUACUUUACGGCUACCUUCCCCUACAUUAUACUGGUGAUGUUGCUGAUUCGCGGGGUAACGUUGGAAGGAGCUUGGAUAGGAAUAAAGUUCUACCUCACCCCUCAGUUUGAGCACUUGUUGACUUCAAAGGUGUGGAUUGAAGCAGCCUUACAGAUCUUUUAUUCCCUUGGAGUUGGAUUCGGGGGUCUUCUCACCUUUGCCUCCUAUAACACUUUUCAUCAAAAUAUUUACAGGGACACAUUUAUUGUCACCCUUGGGAAUGCCUUCACCAGUAUCCUCGCUGGAUUUGCAAUUUUCUCAGUUCUGGGCUACAUGUCACAGGAGCUUGGGGUCCCUGUUGACCAAGUUGCAAAAGCAGGUCCAGGCUUAGCCUUCGUUGUGUAUCCGCAAGCUAUGACAAUGCUUCCUCUAUCUCCAUUUUGGUCUUUCCUCUUCUUCUUCAUGCUUCUAACCCUUGGAUUGGACAGUCAAUUUGCGUUCAUGGAGACUAUUGUGACAGCCAUUACUGAUGAAUUCCCUUACUACCUGAGGCCAAAGAAGGCUGUCUUCUCUGCAAUAAUCUGUGUCGCUCUGUUCCUGCUAGGACUAAUACUUGCCACUGAUGGUGGCAUGUAUUGGUUGGUGCUGUUGGAUGAUUACAGUGCUGGAUUUGGCCUCCUUGUGAUAGUGAUUACAUUUUGCCUUUCGGUGUCUCGGGUGUAUGGAAUCAAGAAUUUUUGCAGAGAUAUUCAAAUGAUGCUUGGGUUCAAACCAGGUCUCUACUUCAAAGCCUGUUGGAUAUUUCUGUCACCAGUGACACUCAUGUGCCUGCUAGCCUACAGUAUAUUGAAAUAUCAGCCAUCGCAAUAUGGAAGCUAUAAAUUUCCCCUCUGGUCGGAAGCACUGGGAAUUCUAAUGGGGCUUCUCUCCUGCAUGAUGAUUCCAAUUGGAAUGCUGGUUGCCAUUCUAAAGGAAGAAGGGUCUCUUUGGGAGCGAAUACGGCAAGCAAGUAGACCAGCCAUGGACUGGGGUCCUUCUAUGGAAGAAAACAGGACAGGCAUGUAUGUAAACACCCUGGCAGGAAGUCAGUCCCCCAAGCCUUUGAUGGUCCACAUGCGGAAAUACGGUGGGAUCACAAGCUAUGAAAACACAGCCAUUGAGGUGGAUAAGGAGAUUGAAGAGGAGUCCAUGAUGUGAUGGGACUAAAUGGAUUGAGGUGGACUCUCUUCUGCAGGGCUUAGACAUGCUUCUGUGGCAUGGGACUUGGCGGUCAUUGUUCCAGUGUCCAAUGAGGAUCUUAAAAACUGAGGCCCUAGAUUACAAUGAUUGGUAGCUCUUUCUGUGGGACUACCUUCUGAGAUGUUUUUGUGGAUGUCAUGUUGUUGGUAUUGUCACACUCCAUGGGACUCUUUGUAUACAUGUCUGUGUUUGGGAGACUGAUUACUUGUUUCUAUUAAUGUACCUGGUGGGAAAUUCACCAUACAGGCUAUAGGCUAAUUAACAACCAUCAGUUUGAUAAGCUGUCAUUGGCAGAUUUCCUGCUAAACAAAACAUGGAAGUCUUUGAAAUAUAUGUUACAUUAUUGUGUUUGCAGCGAUGAUGGUUUCUAGAGUUAAAAAAAAUACUGUUGUCAAAUAAUUUCCCUCUUUUAAUUUUUGUAAAUUAAUUUGAUUUAUUUUUUUAAACAGGUUUAAAUAUGGCUGCUUUAAAGUAAGCCAAUUUCCGUAAAAGUAAAUAUAUUUUUUAAAAAGAAUAGCAUCUGACCAGGGUUAAUGAUAUGGCAAUCCACACAGGCAUGGGUAAGAGGUUCCUCAACUUUGGGACUGGUUCCACUACAGGGGGCAGUCUGAGGACCAGUUAUAGUGGCAUUGUUGUGUCCAUUAAAAGAUAUUGCUAAAGGCCCAUCUUGAAAAUCAUUUAGGGUGAGAUUUAGGGUAAAUAUUUAUUUCAGGUCCCAGGUAUUAAAACUGAAUUGUGGGUUUAACAUGCAUCAAAAGGUACUGCAGCUUAAAUGCCCCAUGCCUCAUAGUCUGCUAUGAAUAUUUCUACAAAGCAGGAGAUGGUAUUGUUUCUGAGUAUAUUGUUUUUGGCAGUAAGGAAGAAGAUAUAGAUGCACAACCAUAGAAUGCAAAUUUGUCUACACAAGUAUAAAAAUGAAGUCAUAUUUUUAUACAAACAGCGCUAAAAACAUUUAUUUUGAAGACAGUAUUGCUUCCUAGCACUAUUAAUAUUAAACCAAAAGAACAUAUAUAUAUAUAUAUAUAUAUAUAUACAGUAUACAGCAUGAAUGUCCCAUAGCAGUCAGAGGUAAAGGGCUCAAAUAGUUGUUUUGAAAAAAGUGCUAUUAGUAGAGAAAAAUAUUUUUAUAAAAACAGAAGAAUAAAUAUAUAAUACAUAGAUACCCUGUAAUAAUAAUCAUAUGUAAUAACAUAAAAAUAUACCCUAGGGCCAAACGAUUGCAUUAGCACAAUAUCACCCAUGUUGGGCAUAUUGGCGACCCCGCCAAAUGAGCAAAUUUUACCAUGUAUGGCCACCUUUAGUUUAUUAUUCCAAGUACCCCAAGGUCCAUCUCCAUCAAGAAUUCACUUAACCCAUUAAGGAUAGAAGAGGGCCGCCAGUUGUGAUGGAGUUGAUCUGCCAAGAUGGUGCCAUCACUAUGUAACUACCUGCCCUAGAUUAUACAAAGGAUAUGCACAGGAUGGGUGACAGAGAUUAGUGCCUGUAGUCACCAGGGGGUGCCUUAAAAAGUUUCACUCCCUGGCAAUUUUGACUUUCCUUAUUUUGAAAAGGUUUAAUGAGUUUUAUUUGUUUUAUUUUUCUAUGACUAUUCAGUUAACCAUAAAGAUAUGUAAUCCAUUCCUCAAUUAAUAUGGGUCGGAACUACCAGACUGUCUCAAAUAAAACGCAACAGUGCUCCUCAUUGGAAAAAUUAUAAAAAAAAAUGGUAUAAUUUUUGACUUCACCAAAUUAUACCUUUCGAAUACAACAUCUUUCAGACACAAAGUUUUAUUCAGAUCUAAAAGCCAUAAGACUUGUGAUAGUCUCAAAAACCACUGGUCAGUAUAAUGCAGGGCUUGUCUUCCAAUCAUAGUCAUCAAAUAUACAUUUGCUGUUUUCCCUCAGUUCUUUUAAUUGUAUAUUUUUUAAAUAAAGUAAAAUAAUGCAUACAUUAAA